UUCAUUAUCAUAGCAGCAUUGAGUACCACGUGGUGGUGUGCGAUGACCAACCAAUAACUUCUCCUGAUUCAGGUCUAUUUUCUCUUUUCUUGGUCUCUCUCGUUGCUCUUCAGGUUACGAUUACCGAUUCAGGUGAAUUUUGAUUCUCAUUUGGAAACCUGGAUAUUUGUUUCUGUGUUUGGAGAUUGUUGUGUUAAAGCUUGAUGGUUUCAUUGCUGGGAUUGAAGUUAGUCUAUCUGAAAAUUGGAAUUGAGUUUUAGGGCUUAAUUUGGGUAAAUACACUUUGUAUCAAAGUGGGUUUUCAAUUAUGGAUGGUAACAAGGACGAAGCUACAAGAUGCAUUGGUAUUGCCAAGGCAGCGAUUGCAUCAGGCAACAAGCAGCGUGCACUGAAGUUCAUUGGAAUUGCACGACGGCUUGACCAUAAUUUAUCUGUUGAUGCUCUUUUGGCCACCUGCGAAAAUUUAGAUUCGGCAUCUCCUGGUCCUUGUGAUGAUGAAAAACACAAUGACAGUGCUAAGAAUGAGGCCACUCCGGGUAAAUUUGAUGAGGUUUCAAAUGGGGAGUGUAACUAUACAGAAGAGCAUGUGCAUUUGAUUAGGGAAAUUAAGAAAACUAAGGAUUACUAUGACAUUCUUGGUCUUGGAAAGAGUUGUUCGGUGGAGGAGAUUAGAAAGGCCUACAGGAAAUUGUCAUUGAAAGUUCAUCCUGACAAGAACAAGGCCCCUGGUUCUGAGGAGGCAUUCAAGAAAGUUAGCAUGGCAUUUAAGUGCUUGAGCAAUGAUAAUUCGAGGAGACAGUAUGAUCAGACGGGAUUGGUUGAGGAAUUUGGGUUCAACCAGCAGCACAAUGUCAGGCGGAGGAGGGGGAGGAGAACUGGACAUGAUAUGUUUGAUGAUGAUUUUGAUCCUGAUGAGAUGUUCAAGGCAUUCUUUGGCCAGACCGACAUGUUUCGGACGUCACGUGUUUACAGGAGGAGCAGAGGGACUGGCAAUCAACAGCGUGAAGAUUUUGGUGGAGCAGGGCCUAAUCUGAUGGUUCUUCUUCAGAUAUUACCGUUUCUUAUAAUAUUCUUGCUUGCUUAUCUGCCCUUCUCGGAGCCUGAUUAUUCUUUGCAGAAGAACUAUUCCUAUCAGUUCCCCAAGACUACGGAGAAACAUGGAGUGGAGUUUUAUGUUAAAUCGCCUGAAUUUGAUCAGAAUUUUCCACUUGGAAGUCCUACCCGAGCUAAUAUUGAAAAUUAUGUGAUAAGGGAUUACAAAAAUAUGCUUGGUCGUUACUGUCACAUAGAACGACAGAGGCGCCAAUGGAGCAGGAACAUGCCCACACCUCAUUGUGACAAGCUUCACAAGUUAGUAGUAGCAUGAAGGUCAGUUUUUCAGAUCAUGCAGUGUUUGUGGCCAGCAUUUUGAAGACUCAAGUGGCCAUGGAAAAAUAUGGUGGUGCCUGGACACAAAACAGCCACCGGUAGUUAGAUCAGAUGGUAGGGUUUAGUUGCACAGAAGUUAUUUAGGGCUUCUGCCGUCUGAUUAUGGAGCAAUUUUCUGCCUAGUUGAUCCGGGAUGGUGUGUACACUACUUUUUUUUGUUUCUUAUAAUAUUGUGCAAAUUGUCUGAGAGUAUUUGAUGCCUUGUAGGUUUGAGGAUGAUAAGAUUGAAAUCUCAUUGAAAUGAAGCUAUUCAAUUUACAAUAAGAUGCAAUUACAUUUUUCUGAA